UUGCCGCGCUCCCGCCUGAGGUCCCGGUGCGGCCUCUGCGCAGGCCGCACCGCCCCGGGGCCAUCGGGAUCCCGAUUCUCCGAGCCUGGAUCCCGCUUUUCAGGGCCAGGGAAAGCGGCUGGAACAGAACAAGCGCGUUACCUGGGGUGAGACUUGCCGUGUCAGUGCGCUGGCGGCUCUUCCUUUGCAAUCACAGAAAACGGUGAAGGUGAAAAUGUUCUUAAGCUGAUGCAUUCACUACAUUUGGAAGCUGUACAGCCAUCAGCUUCUUAGCUGCUCUGCUUCCUGAUACUGAAGAGUUUAGGAUUUUUGUUCAUGCAGACGGUUCAAAAUGAAUGAACAUCCUAAAAAGAGGAAAAGGAAGACUCUGCAUCCUUCUCGUUACUCAGAUUCUUCAGGUGCAAGCAGAUACAUAGACAACAGUGGAAUUUUUUCUGACCACUGCUAUAGCGUCUGUUCCAUGAGACAGCCAGAUAUAAACAGAGGUAGAUUCCACAGUCCUGUGCAGAGCCUGGACACAGAUGAUGAUGGGAGUCCAGUGCAUGCCGGGAGCUCUCACUGGAGCGGGGCACACUCAAACGUUGGGAUGCACUGUACAGACCCUAAAAAGAGGGAUAAAGGUAAAGAUAAAGGUACUAACAAUGGAAUGUGCAGAGACUUAUGUGACUCACCUAUAUUCAGUGACAGCCCCACAGAAGAAGAGAAACCUCUAGAUAUCCAAACUGUAGAAAUUUCUACAACAGAAGUGAAUGCUGUAGAAGUUCACGAUAUAGAAACACAGACUGUGUCACCUGAGAAGCUGGAAGCUGAGGACCUUGAGGAAAUCCCUCUGGAGACCUGUAAAAUCUUUGAGAAGAACCAGGCUUUGAAUAUCACAGCUCAACAGAAAUGGCCUUUGCUGAGAGCCAACAGCAGCGGCUUGUACAAAUGUGAGCUCUGUGAGUUCAACAGCAAGUACUUCUCUGAUCUGAAGCAGCACAUGAUCCUGAAGCAUAAGACAUGUACAGACACUCAUGUCUGUAAAGUUUGUAAAGAAAGUUUCUCCAGCAAAGUGCAGCUCAUUGAACACGUAAAACUACACGAGGAAGAUCCAUACAUCUGUAAAUACUGCGAUUACAAAACGGUGAUUUUUGAGAAUCUGAGUCAGCACAUAGCAGACACUCACUUCAACGACCACCUUUACUGGUGUGAGCAGUGUGAUGUGCAGUUCUCCUCCAGCAGCGAGCUGUACCUGCACUUCCAGGAGCACAGCUGUGACGAGCAGUACCUGUGUCAGUUCUGUGAGCAUGAGACAAACGACCCCGAGGAUCUGCACAGCCACGUGGUGAACGAGCAUGCGUGCCGGCUCAUCGAGCUCAGCGACAGCUACAACAACAAGGAGCGUGGCCAGUACAGCCUCAUCAACAAAAUCAGUUUUGACAAAUGCAAAAACUUCUUUGUGUGCCAGGUGUGCGGCUUUAGGAGCAGGCUGCAUACAAAUGUCAACAGGCAUGUAGCUAUUGAGCACACCAAAAUAUUCCCUCAUGUUUGUGAUGACUGUGGGAAAGGAUUUUCAGGUAUGUUAGAAUAUUGCAAGCACCUAAGCUCUCAUUUAUCUGAAGGGAUUUAUUUGUGUCAGUACUGUGAAUAUUCAACGGGACAGAUUGAAGACCUUAAAACUCAUUUGGAUUUUAGGCAUUCAGCAGAUUUGCCUCAUAAAUGUACUGAUUGUUUAAUGAGGUUUGGGAAUGAAAAAGAUCUUUUAAGUCAUCUUCAGAUACAUGAGACAGUGUGAUUGCUUUCUUUCCCUGUAAUCAAUUUGUUAGAAUUGGAAUUAAUUUCCAGUCACUGGAAUGUGAUAUUAAAUACAGUUUUAACAACAAUUUUACAUUUCUAAUGUUUUCAUCUUUAUAUCAGUAAAGCAUGUAUAGCACUUGGUGUUGUGAAUUUCCUUGUCUAGGGGUUUCAGUAGGAAUAAUCACAUUUACAGUGUGAUGGAUCAGAUUUUGUGGGGAGGGACAGUGGGUGUAAUUGCAUGUUGUGAUACGAAUUCUGAUGGUCAUCCUACUCUUUCGUGUCCAGUGUACAAGACCUCUCUUGACUUUAAAAAGGCACAAAAACAAAGCAAAUACCUAAUUCCAUGCUUAAAUAACCCAAUACUGGUUUCAGUUCCACAUCCAGCUCAUGUUACCCUGUGUGGCAGCAGGUCAUUGCACUGGUGUUUAGCAAUAGCACUGGCCUGCCAAAGAUAAGUGUGUUCCAAAAGUUCCCAGACAUGGACAUCUGCAGAUUCACAUACCAGCCUUCAUUUACCACCUCAUGCUCCUGAUAAGCUUUUUCAAUUGUCCUAUUUUUCUCUUGGGAUACCUUUCUGACCUCACUGUUCCCUUUGUUCUAUGUUUAAGUCCUAUCUGUGGGACUGUCCAACACAUGUACAACACACUCUUCGACACGACUCCCACAUGAUAUUCCCUUAUAUACCUUCAGUUCUUGUAUUUGAAUGUGCUGAGGAGACACCCAUUGCUUGGGUUUGGAUUGUAUCAUGUUCUAAAGAGUAAUUGCAAAAGGAAUUCACAGUGAUCCUGCUGAGAUUAAUUUCUUGCGUAAAAUCCUAGUUUAGCUCUCACUGAAAUUAUGUAUGUCACUAACCUAUGACUAGAGCAAACUUCUAGUAGUCUAUAUUGUAAUAAUUCUGUAUAUUUAUCAUUAUCUUUCCACCACUAGUAACUUGAGGAAUGUUAUUUUAACUCUGUAAAUUUCAAACUUUUAUAUAUGGGCUGAAAAGACUGGUACAUUACAAAAUUUUUACUAAUAACUCUCAAAUUAUUUCACACAUUUGUUUAUAUUACAUAUAGCACUUUCCUGCCAUUGUAAUAGUUGUGAGUUUUUACAGUUCAUUCUGUAGUUCUAUUUCCAAGUAUCCACUUGGAAAUAGAUACUUUUUAUCUAUUAAAAAGAUAAAAAGACAAGUGUGGGGUCACUUAGAUUAUGCUAGAUACCACGGUGAAAAUAACCAUAAAUUACUGGUGCAGUUUACAUUUCUUCCUUCAUUGACUGUAAAUUUGUAAUGUAAGAUUGUCUAUUGCAAGCUUUGUAUAGAGAUAAUUAAUGUAUCAAACAUUAUAUCAGUGAGAUUUGGUGUUACCAGCUUCAAGGCAUGCAAUGGUCUUUGGAUUUGAUUUUUAAAGCUAAGGAUAAAACUUGGCUGAAUGUUGUCAAUUAAUGGAAGUUCUGAUUUCCAGAGAAGUAUUUCUGGAAAGAUUAUGAACCACUUAGUGUUUAUUUUGUUGUGGGAGGCAAGAGCAUUUCUGUCACUUUGAAAUGCUGAUUCGCUUCUGGAUCUUGUGUUUUGUCAUUGAAAAGGGCAGUCUGAGGGUGUCUUGCUGUAUUUUAUUACUCCCUUGUAUAGAGAAUGACAGUAUCUGUGGUAGAAUUGCUGAUUUCCUAUUUUGAACACAUUCUUCCUGGCUGGCUUAAAAUGGUAGCAAUAAUACAGUUAACAAAACACUAAGAUGAAUUAUUUUCUAUAUGGAAGGCUAACUUCGCUCAUGUAUCUGAAAGGGGAAUGCUGGUUCUCUGAAAAGUGCUCCAGCUGAGCUCUGGAGAGAAAGCUGCUCUGGGAGACAGUGACAAGAAGUGGAAAAAAGGCACUUAAAAAAACCCAAAUUAAAUAAGGUGGCUUAAGAAGUGU